UCUUCCAGAUAUCGACAAGAGCUGAAUGCGUCCAAUGCGAGUAUGCGACGGCCAAAUGCCCAUACGCCAGCACUAGGAAAGUAGUUAGCUCGAACGAUUACACUGGAACAGUACAGUAGAAGCUCGGUCAGAAUAGCUUGAGCUGCAACCAUGGAGCUCACGGCCUGGCCACCGCUCCUCUUGCUCAUCACUCUCUCACUCUCGCUCGCAGCUUCGCUCCUCUUCUUGCUCAGCAGCCGCCACGGCGUCGAGAAGAAGGCGACCGGUAAGGAGCUCCCCCCGGGCCCGCCGGCGCUAGUCUUCCUGGCUAAGUUCCUAGCGCUCCGGCGAUCCAUCUUCCACCUUGAGCCGCUCCUCCGCGAGCUGCACGCGCGCUACGGCUCCGUCAUCUCCAUCCGCCUCUUCCGCGCCCUCGUCUUCGUCUCCGACCGCCGCCUCGCCCACCGCGUUCUCGUCCAGGGCGGCGCCACCUUUGCCGACCGCCCGAGGCUCUUCGAGCCGGGGCUCCUCUUCACCUCCGGCUCCCGCAACAUCAACGCCGCGCCCUACGGGCCUUACUGGCGCCUUGUCCGCCGCAACCUCGCCUCCGAGGCGCUGCACCCGGCCUGCGUCAGCCAGUUCGCGCCCGCCAGGCGCCGGAUGCGCGACGUGCUCGUCCGCGACCUCAGCGCGCGCGGCGCCGGCGGCGACCCCGUCGAGGUGAGGACGCCGUUCCGGAACGCCAUGUUCGACCUGCUCGUGUACAUGAGCCUCGGCGCCCGGCUCGCCCCGGAGCUGCUCGACGAGAUGCAGGAGAUGCAGCUGUGGGUCGUCCGCACCAUCACCAGCUUCCCCAUCUUUUCCUUCUUCCCGGCGCUCACCAAGAGGCUCUUCCGCAAGCGAUGGGAAGCGCACCUUGCCGUCCGCCGGAGGCAGGACGAGAUCUUGCUCCCGAUGAUCGAAGCACGGCGCUCCGCUUCCGUGCCCCGCGGCGCCGAUGACCCGCCGUGCUACGCCGACUCGCUCCUAGCGCUGCGCGUGGCCGACGAAGGCGGCCGCCCGCUCACGGACUCUGAGCUCGUCAGUCUCUGCUCCGAGUUCUUGAGCGGCGGCACGGACAGCACGGUGACCUCGCUGGAGUGGAUCAUGGGGGAGCUGGUGAACCAUCCGGACAUGCAGGCCAAGGUCUACGAGGAGGUCAGGAGCAAGCCGGAGCUCAGCGAAGGCGACCUGCAGCGGAUGCCGUACCUGAAGGCCGUGGUCCUCGAGGGGCUACGGCUCCACCCGCCGGCUCACUUCCUCCUCCCUCACGGCGUGCAUAGCGACACGGAGAUCGGCGGCUAUAGGGUCCCCAAGGGCGCGGAGGUCAACUUCCUGGUCGCCGAGUUCGGGCGAGACGAGACGGUGUGGGCGGCGGCGCGGGAGUUCCGGCCGGAGCGGUUCCUGGACGGCGGCGAGGGGUGCGGCGUGGACAUCACGGGGAGCAGGGAGAUCAAGAUGAUGCCCUUCGGAGCGGGCCGCAGGAUGUGCCCGGGAUAUACGCUCGCCAUGCUGCACUUGGAGUUCUUCGUCGGGAGCCUCGUGAGGGAGCUGGAGUGGCUGCCGGCGGUGGACGGGGAGGAGGUGGACAUGACCGAGGUGCUGGAUUUCACCACCCUCAUGAAGAAUCCCCUCCGUGUUCGCGCCAUCCCAAGGACUUGAAGCUACAGUACGUCUCAUCCAUUCUGCUCAGCGUCAUAGUCAACUCUGAACUCUGAAGAAAAUUAAAAUAAAGAAGUCCAUGAUGCGGUGUCUGUAGUUAAAUUCGAAAAAUAUAUUGUACGCAACGUAUUUAUAAUGGAUUCGCUAUUCCAUAUAAACAACCAAAUGGUCAUUUUUAACA